AGGACUGCUCUAAUGGACAAGUCUUUGUCCUUACUACCACAGCUUUGUUUCUGUCUGUCUGUACCUAUCUUGCUCCCCUCUUUUCUUUUUCAUUCUGGCUUAGGGGAAAUGGGAGGUGACAAUGGUACAGAAUUAGCUGAGUUCAUUUUAUUGGGAUUCUCGGGUUUUGUUUUUGUUCAGGGCCAUCUGUUUUGGGGUGUGCUGUGCAUGUAUGUGGUUACCUUGCUGGGCAACUCUCUGAUCAUCCUCCUGACACUGGCCGACUCAGCCCUCCACUCCCCCAUGUACUUCUUCCUGCGUCACUUCUCCCUGGUGGAGAUCCUCUACACCACUACCAUCGUGCCCAGGAUGUUGGCCGACCUCCAUUCUUCCUGCCCCACCAUCUCCCGUGCCAGCUGCUUCACUCAGCUCUAUUUCUUUGCCCUUUUUGGCAUUGCUGAAUGCUGUCUGCUCACUGCCAUGGCUUAUGACCGAUAUGCUGCCAUCUGCUGUCCACUGCAUUAUACCACCCUGAUGAACCAGAGAACAUGUGCUGGCAUGGUGGGGGCCUCUUAUCUUGCAGGUAUAGUCACUGGCACCUCUCAUUCCAUCUUCAUCUUCACUUUGCCUUUCCGUGGUGCCAACACCAUCCAUCACUUCCUAUGUGACAUCCUGCCUGUGCUGAGCCUGGCUAGUGCAAGCACUUUCUGGGCCGAAGUGGCAGAACUUAUCAUUACAACAGCUUUUAUCUUCGUGCCCUUCUUGUUGAUUGUGGCCUCUUAUGCCUGUAUUCUUGCUGCUAUCCUUGGUGUUGCAACAUCCCAGGGACGUCAAAAGAUCUUUUCCACCUGCUCCUCCCACUUGUUUGUGGUCAUACUCUUUUAUGGCACUGCGACUGCUGCCUAUAUGAGGCCUCAGUCAGAUUCUUUUGGGGACACCGACCAGAUUCUUACCAUCUUCUACACAGUAGUCACCCCUAUGUGCAACCCUUUUGUUUACACUCUGAGGAAUAAGGAGGUCACGGGUGCCAUGAGGCGGCUCAUGAAGAGAUACCUUUGUGGUUCUUGACCUUGCAUCACCUUCCUCUCAAGAUCUUGGAACUAAGGGCCUGAUCCCUGGACACUGUCAAGGAAGAAAGAGAAGCUGAGAGUGGUAGCCUACAGUGUGAAGUCUGUUGUACGUUGUGUGUUUUACCCAGUGUGGACAUCCAAUACACAGGUGUGUUGUUCAGAGCUCUGCUUCUAGGACCUGGUCUGAAGACCUUGACUGGGCUUCACUGUAAGAGCAGAACUGAAUAAACACACACUGGAACAGAGGUCAAGGGGAAGGUCACUGUGACUCCUUUGUGUGAUGAUGUAGUUCCUGAUCAUGGCUGAGGCUCCAAUGUCUUCCUGGGGUUAUGCUCUUGAGACAUCCAUCUCCCUGCUUGUCU